UAAGCGACUUGUUGACGAAACAGUAAAACAUUAUGGAAAAUUGGACAUUCUGGUCAAUAAUGCAGGGAUAUUGAAAUCUGGAAGCAUUGAAACAACAUCACUGGAGCAAUAUGAUGAAUGCAUGAAUACUAACGUCAGAUAUUGUGAUUGAAGAUCGAUGUUUGAGUAUAUGUUCCCAAGCUUAACAUUAUUGCUGCAGGUAUUCUAACACCUCGGCGCAUAUACUAUAAAGCAAAUAUAUGUGUGCUUUGUGGAUUCGCAUUUGUUCAAUCAGAGAUAACUUCAACAGGGGAAACGAUUGAAAGAAAUCUAUUUAACAAAAAGCUGAAAUUAACAGACGAUAAAGUCAAAUCUAUACAGCACGUACUUAGUGAAUUUCAACACGACAGUGUUAGCUCCAGCAAUGGUGUUUGUAAAAAUUGCUAUAGAACUGUUGAAAGGAUAAUUAAGAUAGAAAAGGAAGUGGAACAGUUACAGAUAGAAAUAUCUAGAUCCAGAUCUUCGGUUAGGACAAAAUACCAGUUGGCAACACCAUCCCCUACAAAAUCAAAAAUUGAAAAAAGAUUGCGAAAAUCACCAGAAAAAAAUGUGAAAAGACCAUUUCCGUCAUCAUUUAAGAAAGUUACAGUUGUGAACAUUUCACCAAUACCAACAAUUUUGCCCAAAACGGAAAAGAAUGAGCCAGUAUGUAAGCCAUUGAGUGUAAGAAGAUCUCUGCCAUUUUCAACUGUUGAGAAUGUUCAAGAUAAGACAGAUAGUUCACUGGAAGGAGAAGUUGAAACAGUUUUAUUUUGCAUGGAAUUACUUAUUUUUCCAUCAACUGCUGCUGAUUUAGCCAUUUGUGACUAACAAGACACAAAGGUAAGUUAUAAUUUCAUAUUUCCCACCAAGAUGACUCUCGCAACAGUAAUGAUUAAAAUCAGACCUUAUUGAGUGCAUUUCAUGUUUAUGCAUCACUGUGUAAGAAAAACAAAGAUUAUUCAAGUUACAUGUCUUUCUUUCAUUAGAUACUCAUUCUUAGUACUAGUAAAUUCUGGAUUAAAAGAAUUGUCAGAAUAUUCAUCAUUUUAUAUAUUUUAUAUCAGCUUGUUGACAUGUUGAUCAUUGCAGCUUCUCAUUCAAGAAAAAAUGUUAUGUAUCCAAACCCUAUCUGUCAAACUGAUUCAAUGUAAAUUAUAUAGAUUCAUUAUAUGGAUAAGUGAUCAAAGAAUAAAUCUACAGAAAAUUAGGACAUGCACUGAGGUUAUACAUAUUAAUUCUUUAGAUAUAAUUUUUGUUUGAAAUCAUGUAAAUAUUUUGACAAUAAAUAGUUCUGCUAAAUGCUUAAAGAUUCCAAGAAUAACAUUUGUUUUAAUGACUUUUGACAUUUUAUAAAAAAAAAAAAAUCAAUUUUAGAUCACCAUUCACUACAAGAGUGGAAAAAAACAAAAGUUUAUUGCCAAUCCAAGCCACAACACCAUUUGUAAAGCUUUACUUAAAGAAAAAGAUGCAGAAAAAACUAUGCUUGAUGUUUUAAAGAAAUCAAAUCCAUCAUAUCUAGUAAACCAGACUUGUGAAAUAAUUGGCGAUGAAUGUGAAAAGAUAUGCAAGCGCAACAGUGGAAGCGUACUCCAGGAUCGAACAUAUCAUGGUAUAUUGAAUUUUUCAUGGGAUGAAUUGGAAGGAGAAUUACAAACUCUUGCCCCAAAUUUACUUCAAAUAGUAAAAAGCAUUGUUUCAGACAAACCAUCAUCUAUGUCUGACAGAUGUCGCAUACAGAUGCUGAACGCCAUUGCUUGUGCACUACAUGCAAGGUCCAGAGAAAUGACAGCACUUCAAUAUUUAACAGGAUUAAUCUUACUUCAUGGAGGCUGCACUCAACGAGACAUUGACAGAUUAGCUAAAAUGGGCGUAACUGUGUUGUCUGAUACCCUUCACAAAAAGCUUGGAACCUGGCAAGUAAAUCUUGAUGAAGUGCUGAUUCAAAUGAAACAGGAUUGGUUGAACAUGGGAAAGGAAAAAUAUCAACUAGCAGGAGGUAACUGGGAUAAGAACAUUCUCCCAAGUUACAGAACCUCACAGCAGAAAACGAUCUCCUUGCAUUUAUUUACUGUUGUGGGAGUUGUAGAUAGAAUUUCACCUCCCUUACCAGAUGAAGUGACGAACAUUAAUUCUGUAACUGAUUUGGACGCCAACAUAUUCAUCCCUUCAUUGCAAGAGCAGAAUGUACUAAGAAAUGAGCUGACUUUCCUUGUUGCUAGUGCAUUGGUGAAUAACAUUGAUCAGUUAACAAACCACUUCAAGAACAUUUACCCACAACAUCUGGAACACCAGUAUAGUCAUUCUGCAGGAAUCAAGACCAAACAGUAUUGCCUUGGAUUGUUUGAUUGCAAUGAGCAGAAAACCCAGGAUGUAAUCCAACUCUUAAAAGAACUACAAGACAAGUAUGUCCCAGUUACAGAUGGAGACAUUAAGGAAGAAGUAUUCUUUGGAGGUGAUCGUUUGACAGAUGAGCGAAUACAGUGUGCCCAGCAAGCAAUGGAAAAUGAAAACACUUCAUUAAAACGAUUGGAAGGAUUCAUUUCUAAGAUAGAAGAUUUCCAUCGACUUAUGAAUUUUUUGGAGGCUAUCUGUAAAUUGACAUUUAGCACCAGUUCAGGAAAAGAUAGAGGCACUGCAUACUUUUUUAGGAAUUUGCUCAACUGUCGCAACAUCAAAGGGGAUGUCAAGAACUCCUAUUGGGCAUACAAAAUGCUGUAUUAUACCAUUUUUGAUGGAAUUUGUUGUGUGUUUUUGAGGGAAUUGAAUUUGGACUCCUUAGAAGAUGAAAUCCCCUUUCCUCCUGACUGGGACAAGUUGAACGAGACUGAGAAGGUAGAAUGGUUAAACACUUUAAGUGAAAAUAUUGUGAAGAAAUGGUUCUUUGAAAGUGCUGAUGAUUUAUGUCAAGAGCUGCGAGACAUAAUGAAUGAUCCUGAUCAUGAAGAAAAUUAUUGGACUUCCAAUUACUCCAAUGGGCGAUUCAAAUGUCAUUUCUGUGAUAAAACAUAUAUCUACUCUAAAAGCUUACAAACUCAUGAGCUUAAAGUUCAUUCACAUAAUGUGAAGAAACAAUCUGGUGAAAAGACAUCUACAGAUAGUGAUGAGGUGUUUAACUAUGUUAUGCUAGUAUUUAAACUAGUUGCGUUACAUCGGAAUCUGGAUUCUGCUGUUGAUAUGGGAGAUGGUAUGAGAUCAGUACGGUCUGCCAAGUAUGAAGCACCAAUUUACAAUAAAACAAAUAAACUGAAGUACCUGAUAGGAAGUGUCCAUUUGACUGCAUUGGUAUCUGGAACCCUUCCAAACAACCAAUCUGAGCGCCUUAUAUGGAACAGAUUUAUUAAUAUCAGUGGUGGAAAAAUGAAUAACAUGGCUAUAGACGAGUAUGUAGAGCUUGUUAAUCGUGAAACGAAAAACACUUGCUCAGGGUAUCAAACAAAGGAAAGCAUUGUUUCACAUUCAAGAGAGUUUCCACAUCUAAUUGAUGCAACAAAACAUGUUGAUGCUAUUUGUGAUGUUCAUAAAAGAAAGGGCUUUCACAAGAAGCCCUCAUAUGUUGGGGAUGUGAAAAAGGUUGCAUCUGAACUAAUUAGAAUGAAUGCAUUUGAUAAAACUAUUGGGAGAACUCUAGGAUGUAGGGAAAUAGUGUCUGAAAGAAACCCUUUUGACAGUUGUUAUUCUAACUUUACAACCAUGAUUCACAGGCACAAGCCAGUGCUUCCAUUCAGGCGAUUGAGAAAUGAACGAGUUUGAAUUUUCUCAUGAUUGUACAUUUGAGUGAUUGUUACAUACUUUUGCCCUUAUUAUGUGUAGGAAUUUUGAUUCGCAUGUGCAUAUCUAUGUAUUGUUUUCCCCAUCUUAUGAUAUAUUGUUGGCAAGGUGCUGUCAGAUUAAAAGUGGUGAGGCCAAAAUAAAAUAUAUGUGCGUUUCCUAUUUAAAGCCCUCAAACAUUAGGUAGGGUAGGUAGGUAAACAUUCUAUUUCAUUAAAACAUUUUAUUUGAAAUCUUAACUUUUUUCAUACACUUUCAGUACAGAUCUAUAUACAUUACAAAUACUUUUCACACAUUUUGAAGCUCAAUAGUAGUAAAAUGAAAAUCACAGAAACUUGUACACAAAAAGAAAAAAAUCCAAAUUCAGAAGUUUUGCUUUACAUACAUGUAUAUCAUCAAUGAAAAGUUUAGGGUCAGCAGCAAAUAGGUAGGUAGGGUCAGGAAACCGGAAACACGCAUCUAUUUUACUUUUGCCUGAUCGUACACAUAUAUUA